GAAAUCAUCGAUUAAAUAAUGCCACGCCACACAAAAUUAAGAAGAAACUUCACUGUCGACUACUUUAUUGACGAUCUUGUCAAGGACAGAAGUCUAAAUUUCAGGCAGGUGAUCAGGUAGAGGCAACAGAAGGAGCAGCAUUAGGGCCAUGGCUUUUAUCAGACAAAGCAGAGACCACACCUGCCAGUCCACCAACUGAGGAGCUGGGGACUAAUCAGAAAAGAAGAGGCUGGAGACGGGUUGCCAAUCCUUCAAAAUGGAAAGAAUCUACCCGCAAGAAGAUUUAUCAGGAGGGCAAGAAACAUGUCAACUCUACAAAUAAAAUGGCUUCAGCCAAACAUGGGAGAACUUUGAAGAACUGUACUAUGUCAUGUAAAUUCAAACGUGCAAAAAAAGUUACCCCAGCUGAAAGGGAAAAAUGUUUUACAGAGUUCUACGAGUUGAGUCAAAACAGAAAAUAUGACUUUAUAGCCAUGACUACAGACUGUGACAAGACAAAAAGGCUAACUUGUGAUGAACCACAAAGAAAGCGUAUCUACUCAUUUAAGUACUAUCUAAACAUAAGGGGUGAAAAAGUGAGAGUCUGUAAGCUGUUUUAUCUGGGCACUGUUGCAGUCAGUCAGAAACCAGUGUAUAACAUACACAUGAAAAAAAAUCUGACUACUUCCACGCCAAAACCUGAUCAAAGGGGGAAGCAUCCAAGAAAAAUGCAUGGAUGCAAAUCAGAAAGAGGAGGUAAAGGCACACAUCAGUUCAUUUCCUGUUGUUGAGUCACAUUACUGUCGUGCCAACACAGAAAGGCAGUACCUUGAGCCAACACUCAAUGUUUUAAGGAUGUAUGAUCUCUACAGACUUAAAUGCAGUGAGAAUGGAGAUACUCCUGUGAAAGAAUCGUAUUAUCGAUUAAUAUUUAACACAGAGUUUAACCUAAGCUUUCAUGCCCCUAAAAAAGAUCGGUGUGAUCAGUGUGAAGCAUACGAGACCGCUGUAAAGCAAAACAUGGUAAGCCAAAGUGAUGAAUAUAGACAAACAAAGCAUAUGGCUGACAAGACAGCAAUGCGUCAGGAGCGCCAAAAAGACAGAGAAGAUAAAGAUACUCUAACAGUCUGUUUUGACCUACAGAAUGUUAUUUCAUGUCCACGAGCUGAAAUUAGCUCUUUUUUUUAUAAGCGAAAACUUAACCUAUAUAAUCUUACUGCUCACAGUUCACAAACCAAGAAAGGCUCUGUGCUUUGUGGACAGAGGACAAUGUCAGGUAGGGGAGCAAAUGAUAUUGCAAGUGCACUGGUGAAACUACUAGAACGCGUUUUGCAUGAUCAUCCAGAAGCCACUGAAAUAGUAACUUGGAGUGACAGUUGUGAGCCUCAAAACAGAAACUCUAUAAUAGCUUUUGCUAUAGCAGACUUCUUAACAAGGCAUCCCCAAGUGAAAAGGAUUACAAUGAAGUACUCUACUCCAGGUCACUCUGCAGUACAAGAAGUAGACAACAUGCACAGCCAUAUUGAAAAGGCAAUGGCAAUGUCUGAAUUCUAUUCACCGCUGUCUUACACGUGUGUUUUACUGAAGGUGAACAGAAACAAUGCAUAUGAAAUAGUACAGAUGAAGAGUACAUAUUUCUAUGACUUUCAGGCAUGUUCCAAACUGUUUCAGUACAAACAGGUUCCAUUCUCUGAGGUGUCUUAGCUUGUGUUUGAUCAGUGUCCAUACACUCUUCAUUACACAAAGUCACAUGCACAGCCUAAAGUUACAGUUGACCCAAGAGGAGCAAGGAGACAAAUGAGAAACCUGGCACCUACCUCCAUCUUACCCAAACCAAGGGUACUCCCCAAACAGAGCACCAUUUCAGAGGCCAAGAUGUGUGACAUUAAGUCCAUGUUUAAAUUCAUGCCACUAGCAGAUAUACAGUAUUAUACUGCUGUGUUGAAUAAAUAAAAAGAAUGCACUUUCACAAAAGAAGAUGAACCAGUUGAAGCACCUAUGUACAAAUCAUUAAGGAGAUGAUAAACAGAUUUAAAUGCAUAAUUUAUGAUCUUUAAAAAAUAAAAAGAUGUGUCAAUGUGAUGACUUAAAAGGCAGUUUUG